AUGGCUGAGCCCCCACAGAAAAGACCCGUCAAGUUCGUUGCCUCGGAUCAAGAUGGUUUGCCUGUGAAACGGCGUCAGGUUCAGCAGGCCUGCGAUCCAUACUCGCCAGGGCCGCGCUUCUUCGCCGAUGCUUCUCAUCAGAAAAGUAUCUAUGCUCAUCUCCAGGCCGACCCGCAGCAGCCUGACGGCUCCGGUUCUAAUCGUUCAGGGACUCUUCCAAACUCUCCCCAAUCACCAGAGCAGAACUCAGGGGCAUCUUCAACUCGAGAGGUUGCUUCUCAGCUCAUUGAGCUGUCAACCUCUCGGUUUGUAGGAGACCUCAGCCCCGAGAGCAUCUUCCUCGAAGCCACAAGCAAGAUAGCCAGAGAUCCAUCCCGGCGAAAUACCUCUGACAUUGGUACCUGGCUGCCAGUUCGACGAUCUGACGAUGAUAGCAAUGUCAGGAGGCAGAGUUCAGUGGCGACACAGGACGAACCCGCGGGCUCGCAGUCUGCUCAAGACGGCCCAAUAUCAUUUCGUACUCUGUCAGGGAGGCUGCCUCCCUCAACUGGAAGCCCGGAACACCACGACGAUGGUCCACAAUCCCGUGAUCGAGGUGGAGUCUUGAGACCAUCUAAUAUUUCCGCGGUGUGUCCGCCUGACGAGGAUUAUCAUCACCUCUACGCAAUUUAUCUGGACCGAUUCCAGACAAUGUGGCCCAUACUCAGGGAAGCCGACGCUAUUUCCCUUGCAACAAGUGUUGAGACAUGCGCGUCAAGAUACUUGCGCCUCGAUUCUGGUGGUCCAAUUCUAUCAGUUCCAGACUUCCAACGACCAUUGUUCAAGGCCCUGCUUUCAUUCUUGGACGAGCAGGUUCUCACCGAUCGAACGGACCACAUUCGAGCCCUCUUCCUUGCCUUCUUUUACCAACCAACGCGCGCAUCAGAGCAGGAUCUGCCCGCGCUCAUAUUUUCCCAGGCCGUGCAUUACUCUCAGAGCAUAGGCAUCCACCUGGUGGGGUCUGGGGUACAGGACGAGCGAAGUAAAGAGGCCGAGACGCUGUACUGCGCCCUCUGGGCCCUUGACAGGAUGAACGCGGCCUUCCACGGCCGGCCCUGCCUCCUGCACGAACAAGAUACCGACCGCGUCUUGAAUGAGUGCAUAGCCGCCCAGAAAGAACCCGGUUUUAGGUUGCUUUUGAGUGUUGUCACCAUGCUAGAUAAGGUCAUCUGCCUGUAUCGUCCUCGCAGCAAGGAAGAUGACACAGUGGUGCUUCCGGUCUUCGAAAGCAUGAUCAUGGAUGCUGGGGCGGACAAAAUCGCUCCAUGGAUGCACUCCAGCAUAGAGAUAUUCUACCACGCCAUUUCUAUCCUCUCUUGUCGACAACCAUCCAGCGCCUUCGCCCCAUCGGCCCCAGCACAAGCUCAUCUCCCACAUCCCAAUAUCAAUGCCCGUCGGUCGUUGUCCGCGGACCGCAUAGUUGACUCGGUAACCUUCGCAAUGUCGUUUCCAACAUCGCCAGACCGUAUCACAAUCACACCAUUUGUACCUUACGCCCUCGCACUGUCGCUGUCCGUCUCGUACCGGAAGAUGCGGUAUUCCAAAAUUCCAUUGUACCGGCUAAGAGGGAAGACAAGAUUCAAGGAGGUUGUAGCCUUACUGAAGAGGCUGGGCGAUAUAUUCACAUGUGCUCGCGUCAAUGCAGGACUGGGUGAAGCCAUUCUGCAGGAGAUGGAUAAGACGACAAAAGGGCUGGUCAACUCAGGAGCCGCAGGAGUCGCAAACGGUACUACUCCAAGCCCGACUGACGCAAGACCAGCAAGCCGCAGGGCGUUGCCCGCUGAGGUAACACUCGGCAGCAAGAGAAACGUGUACGUCAGGGAAACAGACAAACAGCCACCAGGAAGCAUCGCCGCUACACCAAGGUCAACCCAUACACAGACAGGCGAGAGCCCCUUGCAGCAACUUCCCACUCCACGUUUGCAGCAGGCUCCAGGAAGACCUUCACCUGCACCACUGAACACGGCGCCUGAUGAAGGCGUCGUGGCGGCUCAACAGCCUAGUUCAUCCCAGGCCCUGCCGGCUACGGCUCUGGGCGAUAUGCUGGAUGUUGACAUCUUCGGGCACUUUGACCCCGGCUUCGACUUGAACACGGUUGAUGCUGCGCUGUCGGCAAAUCUCGACAUGGGAUUUCCGCAAAUGUGGACCACGCCCUGGCAAAAUUGGCCAAGUUGA